GGCUGGACCCAGAGUUCCCAUUUGGUGGCCCUGACUCCCUGCUGUAUUUAGGGUUUUGAAGGCAGGGCAUGCUGCUUUUGGAUAUUUAGCCUCUUAUCUUCAAGUCCCAGCAUGAGGUCGAUGCGGGACAGGUAGAGGCUGAGGAUGGAAGCUCCUCACUUGCCCUCCUCUGGACCUUCCUCCUGUGAAUCUGCUGAUUAUUGGUGUUGGAAUCUGGGAGAGAGAGACUCCUAUUUUAAAGCCAGGUGCUGGUUACGCUGCCUUUUGUGAGAAGACACGUUCCCUGAAGAGAAAAGCAAAGCGGACUUUCCCUCCUAAGAGUAGAGUGGAAGAAAGUGGUAAUUCAGCUAAGCAGCUAGUUGACCAGCAGACUGAAGCAGACUCUCUUCUUGCCCUCAGUAUCUAACAGAAAACCCUCACAGCGAUCCCAACACCCAUGCCCACUAGGGGUAGCGAUGAGAGACAUAAAGAAAAUCUUCAAAAUGAAUGUGGUGCAGAUGGACUCUAUGUCAUGAAAAACAAAAUGAACACAUAACCAGCUCUGGGUAGGAUUGUGCAGGAAAACUCUUCUAUAGGAUGUGAUACUGGAGCAGACUCCCAGGACAGAAUACAUUCAAUGGAACAGGUAGUCCCAUUCCAGAUGGAAGGAGGUAGCGGUACCCAGGAGUACACAGUUGUCAGGAGGUGGCUGGAUGGCUGUUCAGAGCAGAGGAGGAGGCAGGACGCCCAGUGGGUUGAGAGAUGCAGGUCAUGCAUGCUGGUCAGAUACCCUCUGUAGCAUCGGUGACUGGGCUCAUCUUCUUGGCCAGAUAUCAUGUUCUCUGUAUAUCAUGUAUAUUCUCAAAAAUAAUUAGCACUGACUGUAGAGGGAAGAGUAGAGUGUGAACCCUUCCUGGUCAUGUUGUGGAGGCUCUCAACAGGAGGGGAAUAUUUUCUUUUCCUGAAACCAUUUCUACUUGUCUGAGGUCAGUGGCAAUGUUAUCUCUUUUUUGCUCUCUAGGUUGCAGGAGGAACAAGCACUCAAAGGUAAAUGUUGGGGAAUUACACUAGUGCUACUGAAUUUUAUCUCUUAGGCUUUCCUGGCUCCCAGGACUUACGCCAUGUAUUAUUUGCCACCUUCAUCCUCUUCUACUCAGUGACAGUGAUGGGGAAUAUGCUCAUCAUUGUGAUUGUCUGUGUGGAUAAACGUCUGCAGUCCCCCAUGUAUUUCUUCCUGGGUCACCUCUCUGUGCUAGAGAUCCUGAUCACAUCCGUGGCCGUCCCCCUGAUGCUGCGGGGCUUGCUGCUUCCUGGGAUGCAGGCGGUAUCCUUGACCGCAUGUGCCAUACAGCUGUAUCUGUACCUCUCUUUGGGGACGUCGGAGUUUAUAUUAUUGGGAGCGAUGGCUGUGGACCGUUACGUGGCUGUCUGUAACCCUUUGAGGUACAGCAUCAUUAUGAGCAGCCACACCUGUAUCUGGGUGGUAAUUGUGUCCUGGGUGUUUGGGUUCCUAUUUCAAAUCUGGCCAGCCUAUGCCACGUUUCACCUUACCUUCUGCAAAUCAAAUGUGUUAGACCAUUUUUACUGUGACCGAGGGCAGCUAUUCAGACUCUCUUGUGAUGACAGCCGUUUCACACAGUUUAUUCUUUUUCUAAUGGCUGUUUUCAUUAUUGUUGGUUCUUUGGUCCCCACAAUUGUCUCCUAUACCUACAUCGUCUCCACCAUCCUCAGGAUCCCCUGCUCGGGCCGGAGGAAAGCCUGCUCUACCUGUGCCUCCCACUUCACCUUUGUCGUGAUCGGCUGUGGCAGCUGCUUGUUCCUCUACGUGAAACCCAAGCAAACUCAGGCAGCCGAGUACAACAGGGUCGCGUCACUGAUGGUUUUAGUGGUGACCCCUUUUCUGAACCCUUUUAUCUUCACCCUCCGGAACGACCAAUUCGUAGAGGCUUUUAGAGAUGUCCUGAAACGCUGCUGUCAACUCCUCAAGGAUUAGCUCUGUCCUAAGGACCAUGGCGGCUCAUCAUCCUGGGCCUGAGUCAUCUGAAAGCACUAAUUCCGAUCUGAAAUGAUCAUUUUCUUCAUCAAACAGGUUGUGAUCUUUGAGGGAAUUGUGGGGCACUAACAAUGCUCUAAUUUAUAACUGGAUGAUUCCUACAUAGGAUAUCACUUUAUCAUUUGUAAUUGGAUAUAUAUAUUUAUACACAUUACCGUGGCUGUUAAUUAAUCUUUAAAUUAAUAAUUAUUUAAAUCAAUUAUUU